GCCUCCCGGAAGUGGAGCUGGGGGGCAGCGUCUCAGAUCUCUGCGCUGGGGCUGGCUGGCCGGCUGGUUCGGGGUGGCGGCGGGAGCGAGGAACCCGAUGCGGGCGAGCGGCGCCGGGGAUGGCUGCGGCUGGAGGCGGGGACUGCGAGGGCGCGGCGCCCGAGGCGGACCGUCCUCACCAGCGGCCCUUCCUGAUCGGGGUGAGCGGCGGCACCGCGAGCGGCAAGUCAACUGUAUGUGAGAAGAUCAUGGAGCUGCUGGGACAGAAUGAAGUAGACCACAGGCAGCGGAAGCUGGUCAUCCUGAGCCAAGACAGGUUCUAUAAGGUCCUGACCCCGGAACAGAAGGCCAAGGCCUUGAAGGGACAGUACAAUUUUGACCAUCCAGAUGCUUUUGAUAAUGAGCUGAUGCACAGGACGCUGACACGCAUUGUGGAGGGCAAAACUGUUGAGGUCCCAACCUAUGAUUUCGUGACCCACUCCAGGCUAGCGGAGACCACGGUGGUCUACCCCGCGGACGUGGUCCUGUUCGAGGGGAUCCUGGUCUUCUACUCCCAGGAGAUCCGGGACAUGUUCCACCUGCGUCUCUUCGUGGACACCGACUCUGACGUCAGGCUGUCGCGAAGAGUGCUCCGGGACGUGCAGCGCGGGCGCGACCUGGAGCAGAUCCUGACGCAGUACACCACCUUCGUCAAGCCGGCCUUCGAGGAGUUCUGCCUGCCGACGAAGAAGUACGCCGAUGUGAUAAUCCCUCGAGGCGUCGACAACAUGGUGGCCAUCAACCUGAUCGUGCAGCACAUCCAGGACAUCCUCAACGGCGACGUCUGCAAGUGGCACCGCGGAGGGGCCAACGGGCGCAGCUACAAGAGGACGUUUCCGGAGCCGGGCGACCACCCCGGGGUGCUGGCCUCGGGCAAACGGUCCCACCGGGAGUCCAGCAGCAGACCCCACUGAGGAGCGGGCGCUGUCCCUGAGACGCAGCGGACACGUCCUCUCCGAGGCUGGUACGGCCAGGGUGGGGUCGGGGUCCAGGCAUCCCUCGCCGCCGUGGGAAGCCCGGCCGGGUCACUCCGACUGGGUCUGCCGGGUUCUCCGCCCUGACGUUUCCACCCGCUUCCUCGUGCUGAGGAGGCGUAAAGGUCUCUAGCUCCGAGGCAGGCCACAGAACGUGCUUCAGCGAGCCAGGCGCGUGUUCUGGGGACGCUGAGGCAGCGGCUGAGACCCCGACGGAGAACCCACAGCGCAGGUUCUGCGCGAUGUGCUCGCACGCUGACCGAGGUCGAGUCUGAGGACGGCUCUUGCUCUGUGCGUUGCACAACCACGUGUUUUCUGUUUACUCCAGUUCCUGACACGCGAGCUCCCUGUGACCACCAGUGGGUCGUGAGCCCGUCUCCGAGGCUGAGCCGGGGGGGAAGCCCCGGGGAGCAAGCCUUUCCUUAACCAGCACCCGACAGAGGCGGGUCCCUCGCCCAGCCCAGGCCCGCCUGGUGGGGGUCUGCCUUCCGACAGGCACAGCGUCAUCGUGCGGCCCUGCCUGGGGCCGCUAAGCCCCGGCUGCUGUGUAGACGGGCCUCCCCUGAUGUCAGCUGUGGCCAAGGCCGGGGCGCCCAGCCCGGCCGAGGUGUGUGGACAGGAGGUGCGAGCGGAUGUCGCCGCCUCCAGGCACUAGUCCCUUGCCCACCCAGCACCUGUGCCUCACCGACACGUGUGGUCCUGUCCUGGUUUGUCCUCUCUCCCUCCCGCGUGGCGGCGUGUCUGUACAAGUGAUCCUCUCCUGGUGCCGCCAGCUGUCAAGCGCCAACCGCAGUCACCCGCGACAUGGGUUGCGCUUGGCUGAGCUUGGUGGCUGACCUGAUGUCUACGUGACAGUUUUUCCAGGCUCUUUGUGCCCUUGUGGAGAGAGAACCAAUAAAUAACUCCCAACACGGA